AUGACCCUCUCGGUCGACCGAGCAGUCCCCAUCCUUCCAAUGGGCCAGUAUCCGCCGCCCGGCGUCCCCAUUGGCACACACGCGUUUAUGCUCAAGAUGACGCCUGAAGCUCUUCAGGAGCUUGCUAAUCAGCUCGCUGCUCACCAGCCAGCAGCAGCGACGACAAGCACGGCCGGGACAGGCCCUGGCAGCGCGCACUCGAAUAGGCCCAGACAGUCUGGAGAAAGCCAGAAAAAGAAUGACAAGCCUCUGAUGCAACUCGUUGUGAGCGAGAGCGGCCAGCCCCAGUUUAUUAUCGGAGAUACGACUUUUCGAGCAGAUGCUACUACAGAACCAUCCACAACCGAAAUCUAUGCACGCCACCAGUCUCCACUCUCCGACUCGGACCAACUGUCCUCCGAGGCGGGAAGCAGCAAUCCGCUCCAGAUGGUGGCUAAAGUCGAUGGUCGGCUGAGGAUGAUGCGCGACUUUACUCCCAUCGUCCAGCAAUCCGUUUCGGAGCGGACGGCGAAGCUGAACAAAGAGGCCCAACCACGCUCCGCAAUCAUACUUGACGCGCCGGGCUCAUACCCAAAUAGCUCGUCAAAAGCUGGAGCGCGUGCCCAACAGACCAAAGUCGCGGCUACGGCAAAAUCCGCAUUACCGUCUGGCACGGCAGGCACCGUGCGACCGUCCGAGCAAAGGGUCCAGGUUUUCACGCCUCCUAAGAGCGAUGGAAGCCCAUCUUCUGCCACCUCUGGCUCGCGCGGUCCCAAGCAUACGAUUCCUGAUGCCUUUGGCACGCUCGAUCUCUCUAUUCCGACCCGAUGGGAUGGUCAGAUUUCGAUUCCUAUUCGUAUCAUUCAUUGGGCGGCACUCAAGCCAAAGACCGAAGCCGAGCUUUUGUCCGAGGCCGUCUCUCGGUCUGAAUAUGAGCAAGGUCGACGGGCAAUCUCUAUCUUGUGCGAAAGCAAAGAAGACGGCAGCCUUUCUCUGCGAGACGAAGCCUUUUACUACCUGCGACCCUGGGCAUGGGUCAACUAUACGCCUACGAAUCGGUCCGAGGUCGCAAAGUUUACGCGCAUCGCGCUGCGAAGGCUGGGAUACGAUGAUCAGGAUGAAGCGUGGGAGAAUCUGCGCAAGCCAGGUGGAUGGGUAGAUCCGUGGAGGAACACUCCGGAAGGCAUCCUCCACUAUCGCGAAAAGGAGCAACGAAGAGCCACCAGCGUGAUCACAUCAAAGGAAGAGCGUGACAAGCAGAAAGCCGAGGCUUUGGCGAAUCCGGCACCGAUGCUUACCAGCACUAUCAAGCCUGGCUUCUUCACCUCAAAGCCGGCACCUGUAGUGGCCAAGGUUAAAAAGGCGUCGAAAGAAAAGGAGCCCAAAGUCAAAAAGGCGUCAACAUCGAGCGAACAGGAGAACCCAGCUCCGCCGAAGAUUGCCCACAGCGCGAGCCAAUCUUCGACCAGUAGUUCGGCAGUCCCCUCGAAUAGCACACCAAAUGUCGAACCGAGCAUCUAUGAGAGCGAGCUUCGGGUGCGACAAAGUGGUCCUGGGUCAAAGGCGGGCAAGAUGGCAGUUGCGAAACGAAUCCAACGGGAAAAGGAAGAAGGAUUUGCAUCCACCGUCUCUACACCAAGUCGCUCACCUCUUCCACUCCCAUCUGAGACGCGGAAGCGCAAGGCUUUGGAUGAUGAUUACGAGGAUGUGGGCAAGAGGAAGAAGACACAUCCACUCCCGUUAAAGCCGUCUGCCGAAUCCUUUGCUGGGUCUUCGAGCAAGAAGCGUAAAGGGGACAAUAUCGAUGCGCUUUCGCCUCCUACAAAGAUGCGUAAAUCGGAACUAUCAAGUGUGCACGCGCCUAGUACGUCUGCCUCACCGGGCGUGAGCACGAAGAAGACGUCUGCUACACGAGACUAUACGGGCAAAAAGGCAGCUAUGCGUGAAGACUGGGACUAUUCGAGCGAGGAUGGGGACGAUCGACCGCUUUCGAAGCGCACGUCUUCUGCGACUCACAGGAAUGUCCGCUCGUUGAAAGACGAAGCCAGGCUCAAACCCCCUUCGUCGUCGUCGUCUCCGCCGCGUCGCGUAGCGACUCCCACGCCUCACCGUAUGCCGCCUCCGACGACGUAUCUUGGCUACAAGGCUGUGUAUAUGCAAAAAUGGAGCGAGUACAGUAUGGUACUUUCGGUGAUCAUGGGUGAAGAGGCCAAGCUCGAGAGUAUCCGCGUUGGAGACGAUUCUAGCGCGUUGAUGGGUCUUGACGAGCUCCGAAGCUACAUCAAAAAGCGGAGUGGGCUCGAGGCAGAGCUCAAAGAUCUCAAGCGUGAGAUUGCACGUCUCGCGCCAAAGGCCUCGGCAUCCUCCUCGACCGUAUAG